UAAGACUUUAUUCGUUUAUUAUAGAAAAAGAGGUUACAGGUGAGGAGAAAUAAAGAUGUCUGACAAAUACGCGUAUUUGAAGAAAGUUUUCGACAAAAUCCAUCAGUGUAAAUAUUAUGAGAGCGACUUCAGUUCAUCAGAUGUAGAAAUAGCCAUUCGAGAACUUAACGCAAUAUGCCAGACUAUACCCAUGCUGAUUCCCGACACACAGAGAGAUAUAAUGAGGCUUUUGAAUGCUGCCCAGUCUAGACAUUUACAAGAAAUAUUAAAAUACAAGGCAGACGGCGAGGAAAAAUUCCACAAUCUGUUGAAAGAAUACCAAAACUACCUCCAAAGACAAUCAGUUGUUCCAGAGUUUAUCUUCAGUAAUUCACCUGCAGGAUCUACUAAUUCAGAAUAUUUGGAAACAAGUGAGGAUCGCAAAUCAAGUUUGUCCAUGGUUGAUGACAAGAAACGAAGAGACCACCAUCGGACUAAAAUAGAUCUUAGUGAUCUGAAUACGCCAGAAAAAAUAGCUGAGUACUUCAAAGAUCUCUACCAUAGGGAGUGGACUAGCGCUUUUAAAGCAUUAAAAGACAUGGGUCAAAUAAGAAAUGAAGAAGAAAUAAUUAGGAGAUUGAGCAAAAUGUUAGAAAUGGCAUAUGAAUUAUGUCGAGAAGAAGCUAGAAAACACAGAGGAAAAAUAACAGAGGCUCUAGUUCACCCCUUAGGAUUACCAGCAAUAGCAAAUGCCAGAGUAAGCCCUAAUAUAGAACAGAAGCUACAGCCCAGAGUUCACCAGAUACAACAAGAGACGGGCUUAUACGCUGUACCUGCUGUUCAGGAGAUCUUUUGGUAUACACACGGUGGUGCAUUUGCAGAAACAGGAUGGGAUAAAUCUAAAGAAAUAAUGAACUAUGUUGAGAGCUGUGUUCGAAUAUGCUGGUUAUUUUCAAUUCAGGAUCCACCCAUGAAACUUGUGUGGCCCGAAGAAGGCUUAAAAAUGAACGACCAUAUGAAGGAACACUCGAAACAUGGGAAGAUUGUGCACUUUACAGUAUGGCCUAUAUUGUAUUUAUAUGAGAAUGGUCCAUUGUUGUCAAAAGGUGUAGUAGAGCCAUUUUGA